CUUCAAUUGAUUUCAGUGUAUACGAGUGGCUUUUACGAAAUAGUUUUAAAAUGUAUUGAACAGGCAGGAAGUUCCAAUAUGGCAGCCAUUUUUGUUUCACAGACUAACUUCCUUAUAUGUCUAUAUUGAAAGGAAAUGAUGAGUAUUUGAUAGGUUUUUGUUUUCUGCCAGGAAUUUUGUUUUAAGGAAAUGGAGCCUAGUUAUAAAAUUGUGCAAUGGAGCCAUCACAUGAGCCCAACAGUGACAUUAAAACAUAGAAGGCCUACAGAUCCGAGCAACCACAGCUCCAACAUAAUGAGUGGUGUCCCUGGAAGUGUGCAAGAUGACUAUUCUCAGUCACAGAAGAAUGAAAGACUGCGGAAAGAGAAACACAGAAUUGAAGAGGAGAGACGGAAAAGAAGACAGGCAAACACUAUGAUUGUUGCUAACCCAGACGGCAGGCCGUCAUCAGGGCGUAAAGCAGGCAAAGAGGAACGACGACCCAUACUGCGUGAUGGAUCCUCACCUAAACCAUCCACACCAACAAAUUAUGAAUACCUAGGGCCUGCAAGUUAUGACGAGAACGUAGACAGUACCAACACAUCAAUCCGAAUCAACAAUGCGACGGAGGACAGUUGUAGUGAUGGACUCAGCGAUAGUGAUGAUAUUCCUACUAUCGAAACGGAAGGCAACAUACACGGAUAUUCCAAAAACAAAAAAGACAAAAAGGGAAGCCCAGGAAAUAAUUGGGUUCAUUCCCCAGAGAGAAAUUUUGAGUUCUCAAACCCUGAACUUAGUCCUCAGGAGCAGGGGACAAGAGAUCAGCGUACUAGAACCCCAGAUUUCAGGGCUGAGCCCCAAUCUGAGAUUCCCACAAUGCAAGGGAAUGACCCAUUACCACCUGGGCGGAAAAAGAAAAAAGACAAGAAAAAGAAAGCAUCACAAGCCCCACCUCCAGCUUCUCCGCUACGACAGGAUUUAGAUGACAAUGAUGAAGAUGUUGCCCUUGUUAGUGAACCUGUUGGCCCAUUACCAGGACCUCGCACAAAAAGCACAAAUGAUCUUGAACGAAUGGCUCAACAAAAAAUGCAGAAUCCAGAAGAUGAUGAGGAUGAGGAUGGUUCCCCAGCAGGAGCUAUGGGCAGGACCUAUACUCCUGACAUGACAGAAAAUCUUGACGAUUUUGUCUUAAAACCAGCUCCACAAGGUGUCACGAUAAAGUGCAGGAUCACUCGCGACAAGAAGGGGGUAGACAGGGGAAUGUACCCAACAUAUUUCUUACACAUGGAGAGAGAGGAUGCAAAACGAGAUGUUAAAAGGAUUUUUUUAUUAGCUGGUAGAAAACGUAAAAGAAGCAAAACGUCAAACUAUUUAAUGUCCACAGAUCCUACUGAUCUUUCUAGAAGUGCUGACUCGUAUAUCGGAAAAUUAAGGUCCAAUCUGUUAGGUACGCAGUUUACACUGUUUGACAGUGGUGAGAACCCAAAACAAGGCAUGGAUCGAGCAAGAAAGGAACUUAUUGGAAUUGUUUAUGAAACAAAUGUGCUAGGUUUUAAGGGACCAAGAAAAAUGACAAUUGUGAUACCUGGUAUGAAUUUGGAUCACGAACGUGUAGACAUCAAGCCACGAGGGGAUCAUGAUGGUUUGAUAGAAAGAUGGAAGAGGAAGAACAUGGACAACAUUCUAGAGUUACACAACAAAAGUCCUGUUUGGAAUGAUGAAACACAGUCAUAUGUUUUAAAUUUCCAUGGGAGAGUGACCCAGGCCUCUGUGAAGAACUUUCAAGUUGUCCAUGACAAUGAUAUGGAUUAUAUUGUGAUGCAAUUUGGUCGUGUAGCAGAAGAUGUAUUUACAAUGGACUAUAACUAUCCAAUGUGUGCAUUACAAGCAUUUGGUGUUGCUCUAAGCAGCUUUGACAGUAAACUUGCGUGUGAAUAACCCUCAAUCAACUUUACUCCUCCCACCGAUCAUUGUUAAGAACACAAAUAUUGUUGGAAAACAGGUGCCUCCAUUGAUCCUGGGCCUGUUCAUUGUGAUGCAUCAUUUUCACCAUUACCGUCAUCAUCAUUGUUGUCGUCAUCGGCGAGAUUGUCAUCAAUAGCAUCACCAGUAUCAUUCUUAGCGGGGCUUUCCGGCAUACAAAGGGGAUAUUCAACAUAUGAAAAUAACACUGUGAAACAGAUUUGUGCUUUUACGGUUAUAUAAGAGGAUAGGAAAAAAGUGGAAGAUAUUUCAUUCCCACAUUGAUUUGCUGAAUCAUUCCCAAGGUUGUCACGCCAUGAAAUGAAUCACAUGUUAGAUGUGUAGAAAAAUAUCAGUAUUUGUUUUCAUUAGAGCAUAUCGACAUAGUGAACAAAUUAUUUUUCAACCAAAAUGGAAUCAUAGCAUUAGUUUGUUGUAAUAAAAACACAUUCAGCUGGUAAAAACUGUCAUUCUGAAAGACCCUAUGUUAAGAGUUUUUAAGUGUUUACAAAAAAAAAAAUUAAUCCUUACCAUGCUGGGAAUCGAUUGGUUUCGCCUUUGCGACCAGUGUAGAUCAUGAUCAGCCUGCAUAUCCAUGCAUUCUGAUCAUGAUCUGCACUGUUUGCUAUUCAGCCAGUAUCUUUUUGGUAAGCACCCCUAUUAACCGUUAAUGGUACUGUCCAAAUUGGAAGAUGGACAAGUUCAUUAUAGAAAUUUAGCAUGGUAAGGGUUAAAAUCAUUUUUCAUGGAUUUUAGAUAUCUGCAUCAUUGUUAAAGGUACCACCUUCAAAGUUAAAGCAUCUGUUGAAAAAUUUAGUAGUUUUUCUUUCUUCUGUUUUAUUAGGUAAUGAUAAUUCAUUAUUUGUUGAAUGUUGACAAGAGGUUGCAAGAGUGAAAUUACCAGUGACUUUAGCUCAGUAAUCAUAUAUUUACAUUAUAUACAAACAUACCAUUGAUUUCAUAUAUGAUGAUACAAUACAUAUCAAGUUUGAAAAUUUAACUAUUCCAAUUUUUCACUAUUGUACAUGAUAUCUUUCUACCAAGAAUCAUGGUUUUAUUUUGUCUUGAAAUCUUUAAUCUUAGAUUCUCAGUGUUUUCUUUUUGGCCAUUUUUGGGGUCAAAAUGCAGCCCAUUCCCCAUUCCAGAAAUUGUGUAUUUUUCCCUGUUUUUUUUUUUUUGGAUAAAAUUUCAGUCCAAAAAAACACAAAGCUUUUGAUUCGUUUUGUUCUGGAAUUUAGCAUAUUUAUGAUAAGAUCAAUUGUCUUUACAUCACAGUUUUCCUGUCCUCCCAGGCCCUGCCACCAGAAACAGAAAAAAAGCACUGAUAAUCUCUAUAAAUAUGGUAUUAUGAUGCUCAAGUGCAUGUGUACUGAUUAUCAUGAAACUAUUUGGGAAUUUCUAUUUUAUUUUUUUUUUUUUGAAAAUUACUGUCUGUGUAUUUCUUUUGCUCUGAAAACUGUAUUUGACACGUCCCUUGAUUUUGAAUCAGCUUUCAUGAAAUUUAUGUCUAAAAAUUUUAUUUUAAAUACAGAUUUAAAAAUGUUUAUGAAUAUUUUAUACUUUUUCAUGUUUCUAUAAAAGAAUUAAUCAAACCUUCUGUGAAUCAGAGGAGCAUCAUUGCCUUAUAGAUUACAUUACAGAUACUUAAUUGUUAUUUUAUGUUGCUCUUUGUAUAAAGGUGCAAUGCUGUUAACUUCUGUUGAAACAUUUUGUCUUUAAUUUCUGUUAUUCUUUUUUCUCACAUUUUCAUCCUUUGAUAUUGUGUUUUUAGCUUUUGUUUUUAAUUAGAGGGUUACAGCUAGGGAAAAGACAAGAUAUGUCUGAAUUUUGACUGUUGCAGAAUUAUUUGAAAACUUUAGAAAAAGUUUACCUUUAUAUAACAAUAUAAAAAAGAUAGUACUAAAGGGAGAUAAUGAUUACCAUGCAAAAGAUUUCAAAUGAAAUAUUUCCAUUCCAUUACUCAUUUUGAGUUCUCAACAAAAUUUCACAAAGAAAGAGUGUGUCCUAGAGAUUAAAUUGUUUACAUUUAAUUAGCUGUCUCAGAUUUGAUUUAUAUUUGUAAGUUGGUCAUUUCAUAUAUAGUUUCUUAAUGCUAAUAUUUUAUGAAAGUAAAUCACUUUUUAUGUGUAAACUCAGGAAAUUUUUGACAUAGGUUCCUUAGUUAUCAUAAUUGUUUUUAAGAACCCACGAAUGCUUGGCCCAAUGUCUAUCAAUUUCUGCCGAACAAAAGACUGAAAUGAAAUGGAUUGGCAACUAUUGAUCUAUCUUUAAAUAGUAACAAAUUUCCCACUAUCUUCUACCUUAUCUUCUGGCGAUUACUGGCAAUAGAAUUAUAUUUGCUGAGUAAUUCAAUAAUCGUAUCACAAUAAUCGUAUCAAUUUCCUUCUCUUCUUCUUGUGAAUGUAGUGGUAGCCAAAACAAUCUCAGUUUCGUUUUUUCUCCCUACUGUGCUGAAUUGUGAAGAAUAUUUAUGCUUACUACAAAUAGUAAAAAAAAAAAUCCCCCUGAAAAUGAUAAUCCAGUGUAUCCCAAGCCCCAGAAUGAUAAUCCCAGCCCCAGAUAAUGCUUUCUGAUGUACACAUUUUGUAGCAAUAUGAAGUAUUUCUGGUGAGAGGUUUCUGAUAGAUUUUAAGACUCAGAUGGCAUGAAGGUUAAGAAUAAUAAAAUACGAAAAUGCAAACAUGAAAAUGAAGCCUAGGUUUAUAAUGACAAGGUUAAAGAAUGGCUGGAGUGUUCCUUAUAGCCAUAAUGGCAUAUAAGUUUCAAAAUGGCCAUUGUGUCAUAAUGACACUUGGUGUUCCGUUGUCAUCAAAAGGUACACCCAAGCCUUAUAAUAACAUCUUAAUAAUAGAAAGAUCAAGAGUUCCCAAUCUGUCUCAAUUUAGGAUACUUUACUCCAAUAUUAUCACUCCCUUUCACCUAGAUUAUAUUCCUACAAUGUAGUUUAGAGAAUUAGUACCAUAGUAGAAAGAGUAAACUUCAUAACUUAAGUUUCUUACGUGUUCAUACAAUGAAAGUGUUUUGAGCCACACCGUGAGAAAACCAACAUAGUGGCUUUGCAUCCGCGAAGUCUGGUCAGGAUACAUACUGUUCGCUUUCAAAGCCUAUUGCAGUUAGAGAAAUCGUCAGCAAAAAAAGCAUGGAUCCUGACCAGACUGCGCGGAUGCACAGGCUGGUCUGGAUCCAUGCUGGUCGCAAAGCCACUAUGUUGGUUUACUCAUGGCAUGGCUCUUUUAAUUUCUAUAAUGAUUGUGAUUUUCAUCUGUGAUUUAAAAACAAGAAAGAUAUAUUUACAUUGAAGAUAUAUUUAUCAGUUACAUUUAAUUUGCCUGUAUCAUUUUACAUCAUUUUUAAAUGAGUACAGUUUUUUGUAAUUCUGUUUUUGUUUUGUCCUGUGUUGGUGUUUAUGAUUUUAACCAUUGGUGUAUCGCUUUUACCAUUAUACAUAUAUUAUUUUUGCCUAGUCCCCUUGAAACGUCCAAAUUUACGUUGGGACGUCAUGUGAAAAAGGACCGUCUGGCUUAAUCUGGGUGUGGGUUUUUUUUUUUAAGAGUCAUUUACUAUAUAAGAUGUUGGGUUAAUCCGAAAAAUACAAAAGAAAAGUAUUUUUUCUAAACACAGAUUACUGAAAAAAACAUACUUCUAAAACUUCAGCCGGGUUGUUCUUUUUAAUAUGACGUCUGCUAAUGUGUAAGAGUAACAUAAGAAAGUAGUAUUAUUAGUUAUAUAGAGGCAAUAUACUGCUAAAUUUUUAAUGGAUUUAUUUCAAAGUUUUUUAUACCACAUUUUAUCCUGAUAUUUCUAAUUUUAUGAAUUUCUUCUGUAAUUAUAAAUAAUUUUUUGAGAAAAGAUCAUUUGGACCAUAACAUUUUACAACUACAUUUAUUAGCAGUCGAUUUUAUCAUUAUUUGAGAGCAGUAACUCAAUAAACAUGGCCUAAAAAUGUUUUUUUUUACCAACUCUGUACCUCAGUUGUCCACUAAAGAUGCCUAAGGUUUCAGAAAUUUUAGUCUAGAUAUACAUGUAUACCGAAAUACAGUCAAAAAUUAUUUCCCCACCCACCCAUCCACCUUGGUUUGGAGAGGUGCAGACACUAUGCUUUUUACUACAGUUUGCCUAAAAUAAACCAGCCUCAUGUUUCCAAAGACAUAUUUUAGCCAAUGUUUUUAUAUACUACAUGUGAGAUUAAGUUCCAAACUUCGAAAUGUCAACUGCAUUUUCAUCAUUUGGGUCAAGAAAAAAGAAUCAUUAUUACCUUUUCAUAGGCAUAAAUGUAAAUUUCAGAUUAAUAGACUAUUGAUGGACAUGAAUUUGGAGACCAGUCUCAAAGUUCUAGCAUCUGAUUGGCUGUUGCUAAGCACACAUUUGAAAUUGACCAAUGACAGAGUUUCAUUCUUAGACUGGCCUACAAACUCUUUCUUUGUAUAAUAAUGCACUUAACCAGUUUUUGCAUGGAGCUGACAAGAACGUUUCUUUAAUUGAGGUCUAUAUAACAAUUUAGUAAUUUCAAAGAAUUGUAGACGAAAAGCUAUUUCUGUAAAAUAGAAGAAGUAAAAGUGAAAAGAAAAUGCACCAUUUCAUUCAGUUUAAGUCACCAAUGAUAGGCCUAGUAAAUAUUGUGAGAUUGUAAAUAUUGUGGGGUUUCAAAGUUUGGAACUUAAAAAAGUUGAUGCCGUCCUGAUUAGUUAUAUUUAUUGUACUGUUGUAUUCCCUAUGUGCUUUAUAUUUGUUUAUGCUUUAUUUAUUUUUUGAAAAUGAUAACAUACAUGUAUAGUAUGCAGUGUAAUAUCAUGUGACUAGUGUUUGAAAUUCUGCUUUAGUUCUGGUGUAUUAGAACUGAUUAAAGGGGCACGCCCUCAGAUUAAGGUAUUAUUUUUUUUUUAAAUUUGGAAUGUAAAAAACAAGUUGUGGAAUGAGUUAUGAGCAGUAUUUGAUUAUUAUAAUGCUUUUUUCUCUGUGUUGUGACCAAAAUAGCCUUUACGUCAUUGAAAAUUAUGACAUUUUGGUAUCUACACCUUUUGUUUUCUAAAAGGGAGGUAAAUAUUGUAACCUAAAGAUAGACUUUUGAAAAACAUGUAUUGAGUUAAGACAUAUUGAAAGAAUUCAUUUUAAAUUUUCUUUAUUUCCUCCAGUUAGUUAGCUGUUAAUUCGAGGAUUAGAAUAUAAAUACCUCUUUCAGCAUACUCGCUAAACAAUGUGUUUUAUUUAUAAAAUGCUGGACCAUGUGUCAUUUAGGAGUUAUCCUAAGUAUAUGAAGAAGUUAUCCAUAUAGUAUAUUAACGUCUUUUCCUUAGUGUGUUAAGGAGUAAUCCUUAUGGUAAAGGCCUUUGUUAUGACCAGAUACAAGAUACACAGUAUCUGUAGUUUGUAGGACUAAAGCUGAACAUUUAGCAUGUCAAACUUGUGAAAACAUUCCAUUUUCUUAGGGACACAGACUUGAUUCACCACUCAGAAAAAAGAUUGUCCAGCACAGCCUGAAAUUGUUUGGCAGUAUAAAUGUACUAGAUUUUCAAAACAAUGCUUAACUUCAAAGCUAAGAAAGAAAAUAAAGUUUUGAUCUGUAAAUUCAAGAAAAUACAUAACUUCUCAUUUUCUGUACUUUAAACUAUUGUCACUUACUGGCAAAACAAAGGUAUUUUUUGAUAGUUUUGCUAUUUAUAUUACCAUUGUACAAUGAAAUGUUUACGUGAUUGAAACCAAAAACAAAAUAUUAAAUUAUAGAUACAAGUCAGAAACUGAUGGUGAGGCAUGUAAACAUAUAUAUGUGAGAAGAGAUGCUUUCGAGAGUAUUUAAUUUUACUGUGUAUAGAAGUGUCUCAAUAUUUGAUUGUUACUGUCUGUAUGUUAAUGUCACAGAUAUUGAUAAUAAAUUUUUAAAUUGUAA